AUGGAGAGGAGUAUGAUAGAUGCUGCAAGUGGUGGAGCACUUGGUGACAUGACCCCAGCUGAAGCAAGGCACUUGAUAGAAAAAAUGGCCUCCAACUCUCAACAAUUUAGUUGGAGAAAUCACCCCAAUCUCAGAUGGUCUAACCAGCAGCAGCAACAACAGCCAUCCCCUGCCUUCCAAAAUAUUGCUGGUCCCAGCAGAUAUGUGCCUCCCCCUAUCCAACAGCAACAAAGACAACAUGAAGCUCCUACACCACCAGCUCCUCAACCUUCUACUUGUGAACCUUCAUUGGAGGAGUUAGUGAGGCAGAUAACGGCACAGUCACAAAAUUCAGAUAGAUUGCCUUCUCAGAUUGUGCAGAAUCCAAAAAAUGUGAGUGUCAUCACAUUAAGGUCAUGGAAACAGAUUGACAUACCCAUUACAGUACCUCCACCUCCAUCUGCACCUGUGCCAGUACAAAUUCCAGCAUUUGCACCUGAGCGAAAUGAUGAACCAGUUGGUGCCCGAAAUUUCCAUGCAGGUGGACCUUCUUCCAGCACCAAUUUUGAUUUGCAGCAGCCUCCUAUCGCUCUUCCAUUUCCUCCUAAAUUGAUUCCAUGCAAAAAGAUGGAAGAGGUGGAUAAGGAGAUAUUAGAGACCUUCAGGAAAGUAGAGGUGAACAUACCUCUACUUGAUGCCAUAAAGCAAAUCCCGAGAUAUACAAAAUUCUUGAAGGAGCUAUGCACUCAUAAGAGGAAAAUGAAGGGAAAUGAGAGAAUCAACAUGGGCAGAAAUGUGUAUGCUUUGAUAGGUAAAUCUGUUCCGCACAUUCAUGAAAAAUGUAAGGACCCAGGUACUUUCUGCAUACCUUGUAUUAUUAGGAAUAGCAAAUUUGAAAAUGCCAUGCUUGAUUUGGGUGCUUCUAUAAAUGUCAUGCCUUUGUCCAUUUUUAAAUCACUGUCUCUUGGUCCUAUGCAACCUACGGGUGUGGUGAUACAAUUGGCAAAUAGAAGUGUCACCCACCCUACAGGUUUCAUUGAGGAUGUCUUAGUUCGGGUUGAGGUACAUGCUCUGGAACCCUUAGUUCCUUCUACUGUUCAACCAACACCCAUUCCAGAAUUAAAGCCUCUACUAGAAAACCUCAAGUAUGCUUACUUAGAGGAUGAUGAGAAGUUGCCAGUGAUCAUUUCUACCUCCCUUGAUGCUGUUUAA